UCUUCAGAUACGGUUCCCUUACAGUCAGAAGGUGUUCAGCAAGGUUCUCCACGGAUCUGCUCAACUAGAAGGACAGAUACUUGUCAGCGGUUGGUGAAUAGGAUGCCUAUCAACCCGAAGCUAGCUGUAUUCGAGAGCACACAGGAGAGGUUCGAGGUACUUCUUCGACCCGAGUUGCGAUCAUCUUAUCCAGUGGGUGGUGGCCCUGGAUCGUCUUUUCAACAGCUACCCAACCGAAAUGUUCCUCAACAGAGUUAUGUUCCUGAUGAUCCUGGCGCUGAUUUUAUUGCGGUUGACCAUGAUCCGGGGUGCAAUAAAUCUGUUCGCCAUAUGAGGAAUGCUUCUGAUGAUCGCACCGGGGAUGGCAUAGAGGCUCCACCAAGACCCAGGAACUUCAAUGUUGGUUUGGAUGACAUGACUAACGUCCCUAAGAUUCGUAUUCCACGUUUGCGUGAUCUCUUAUCCCGUCCAUUAGGUUGUCUCACUGGUCACCCCUUGCAAGCAUUUAAUGAAUUGUUCGACCAGUUUGACCAAACCUUAUCUGAGAACACUUGUGCCAUCCAAGCUUCUCUAUGCAACAUUGCUAGAGCUCCUUAUCGUCUAGCUGAAAAGUGUGGACCGGUAAUAGAGGAGCUUAUUGCUGCCCAGAGGUCGGCUUCUGACCCUAACAAUAUUGGGGAGACUUCACGGAGGAACAACUCAGGCACCGAAGAGGACUUUGUCGAUCCUCACAACGAUCAACUAUUCGAGCAUGGAAACGGCGGUGUUUUCAGGACCCCAAGUUCUUGCUACAGAGAUGAUGUAUUAAGGGAUGGCAAUGGCCAAAACUCAUACACCACAGAUCCCACCACAUCUAAAACUGGUGGCACUACACCUUGCACUAAACCUCAUCAAGAAGCUUGCAGGGAUGACCAUGCACGUACUACUACUUGCUCAGAUCAUAUACCCCCCUCUUCUAGUUUGCCUGACAGCAACCAUGAUAUGAAUAGAAUCAACAAUCUCAUUGAUGCCAUCUAUUGUGAAGAGCAAUCAAAUCAUAUGCAUACUCUCCCUUCACCACGCACUACCCAAUUUGAAGACCAGGCCAAAAUUCAAUGA